AUGGCAUCUUGGGCUGAGAGUCACUCGAAUCACUAUGUCGCUGCUCAAGGGUACAGCGACAAGCGACGACUCGAAGCUCCUCGGGUUAAUGUUCCUCCGCCUGACCUCAACUACCGGAAUGGCACGCCUACCUUCCAUGUUCACGGUCUCCCCUACAAUCGGACUUCCGGACAAUAUGGCCAUCACGAGUUUCUGAGGGCUCUAGUCAGCUGCCACAGGUUUGAUCUGGCACAUUCAAUGCUUACCUGGCAAUAUGAGAUGCGGAGGAAUGCUCAAGCGAUCCUGCCUUUCCUGUUUCUGGGACCAAGCAGCGUAGCCCGAGAUCCGGCAUUCGUCUGCGAUAGCGGCAUCACUCUUCUUGUGGCUGCUCGGUCCAGCAAGUCAGUGAGAGCCCGCAAAUCAUUUCUCGACCCCGCCACCUUUGCCUCAAGCGCCGGCAUAGCAACCUGGACUUUCGACUUCGAUCACCCCGCCGAGUUCAUAUCAUUAGUCAAGCCAGUCAUCAGAGCCAUCAACGAGCACCUUGAGGCCACCUGUGCUAGGACCCCGAUACGGGACAUUCACGACGUAUGUGGCAAGGUACUUAUCUUCUGCGAGUCCGGAAACGAUCGAUCAGCCCUAUUGGUUGCCGCGUAUUUAAUGGUUGUCUUUGGAGUGGAGGCAAUUGCCGCCAUCCACAUGGUCCAGUCUCAGCGCUUCUGCAUCACCUUGUCGGACGACAUGAAGAACGUUCUCCUAGACCUGCAGACAAUCACCACCGCCGAACGCCAGGUCUCCGAUGCGGACGCUGUGAUGAAGCCCUUUGUUAUGCCCUCCAACGAUGAUGGAAGUGUUGCAACCCGACCUCGGCGGCCUAGUAAGCGCAACAUUGAUGAAUUAUACACUUCGGAUGAUGAUAUGAGGAAUGGCGUCGAACGACUGGUGGAAACUAACGUUAGAGAAGGAGUGGCCCCAUUUGUGGACGUUGCCGAUUGA